AUAUGAAAAUUUUGUGAGUGCGUAAAUUGCACUUUCGCUGCCGCUCCCUAACCAUUUUUUUAAUACUUGCCAUGGCAUACGAUCCAAAGUAUAUGGCCCUGGCAAUGGAGGCAGCACACGUCGCUUACAGCUCUCUAGAAGUGCCUGUGGGCUGUGUUUUCGUGAGGAACGGAGAAGUUUUAGCGAGAGGAGGAAAUCGACCGAAUGCAUCGCUUAAUGCCACUAGACAUGCAGAAUUUGAAGCCAUAGACGAGAUUUUGUCCUCGCACCCUUCAUCGAUUUUCCGAGAGACAGAUUUGUAUGUCACAGUUGAGCCGUGCAUCAUGUGUGCCUCAGCUUUACGACAAAUUGGUAUAAGGAAGGUUUACUUUGGUUGCGGUAACGAUAAAUUCGGAGGCAACGGUUCCGUAUUCGAUGUAAACCAAGAUGAGAGACUUUUGACACCAACUUCAUUACCAUAUGAGUCGGAAGGUGGUCAUAGGCGUGAAGAUGCCAUCAUGCUACUGAGAAAGUUUUAUGUUCGGGAGAAUAACCAUGCUCCACAACCAAAGAAAAAAGCGAAUCGCGUCCUAAAAACCGAAAUAGAAUCCUCGUCUUAGCUAGAGACAGCUGAGAGUGUUGCUCUUUGAUUUCUGUACAUACUAUAUACCAGUAAAAAUCAUCACAGG